UUAGUUUUCGUCUUUCAUACAUGAAAUGUCAUCUAGACUUUCUGAAUUCUGAUAAACACUGGUGGAAAAACCGACAUCACAUAUUUAGCAAAGGCUAUUCAUCUCGGUCUGCUUGUUUAAGUCGUUUACUUGGAUUUGCUUGAAAUUGAGAAAAAGAUCAAGACUGCCAUAGGUCUUCAGCUCACUGCUCUUGCAUUAUUUAAAGGUCAAGGCAAUCAUUUCAUUCUUGUUGCUAAGGUUCUGGCUAAAGGGUAAAGGACUACACUGGAACCAGUGAUUUCUAAUCGAGCACUGUAAGAAGAAGCCAAAGAAAGUGGUGAGAAACAGUGUAAUCAAACCUCCAGCAAUUUAAUGGAAAUCCGCAAAUUCAUAGGCCGGUUCGGAAGUUGGCUUUUCAGUUACUUUGCUGGAGAAUCUGAUGAUAUACAUGGGAAUGAUACUCCCGAAGAAGGCACGAUUAAUGAUGAUGAUCAAACUAUACUUGUGCCAGCUUUGGUCCACCAACAACCGUCCUAUGAUACAAAGCUUGAGCAUGAUGAUGAUCAGCCUGAAAACAAGAAAAGGAAAGCAACUCAUGAUAGUAUAGUGAUUUAUGAUCAUGAGCAAGGGUCUUCUUCAGCUUCCAGCUUCCAGCUCCCAGCCCAUAUGUCACUCGAAUUGGCUAUUUUCUAAUGAUUCUUCUACGUGUCACAAGAAGUGGGCUCUGAAAUUCAAAACAAAUAAACUAUUUGCUCGAGCCCAGGAUGUUUGUAAAGAAGUUGAGCACGAUGAGAUUCAGCCAAAAAAGAUGCGAAGAAUGGAAGUUCAACACUGGUUAACAGCUGUAGAUCAGAUUAGAGAGGAGGUUGAAAACAUAGCAACAGAUGAUCUGAGCAUAGAAAACUUCACUUCACAAGUUGAUGAAUUGUUGCAGCGGGGUAGCUUUCCAAAUGGAUAUGUAUUGCCUGAUGAUAGCCCAAUAGAAUUUCCGCUCUCGUCAAAGAAUCCAGCAGGAGAAAUGUUUGCAUUGAAUACUGCAACUAUUCUUGAAUGGUUAAAAAAUAAUGAACGCUGCAUUAUUGGUGUGUAUGGGAUGGGAGGUGUAGGGAAAACUACUAUGUUGAGGUGGAUAUACAACAAGGUGCUGAAACAGAAGCACGUCUUUGGAUGCCCUUACUGGGUAACUGUCUCACAAAACUGCGAUGAGCUCAAACUGCAAAAUGAAAUUGCUAAAGAGCUUGGUGUUGAUCUUUCUGGAGAAGGUGAUGAUAGGAAGAGAGCAGCUCUAUUACACAGACAAUUAUCCACAAUGGGCCCGACUGUACUUUUCUUAGAUGACAUGUGGAAAUGGAAUCCAUUCUUAGGAAAGGAUUUCGAUUUUCCUAUUGAAGGAAGCAGUUGCAAGAUCAUUGUAAGUAGUCGUUCACGUAAUGUGUGUAAAGAAAUGGGAUGCAAAGGCUUUGUCAUCGAGACAAAAGUUCUCCCAGAAGGUGAAGCUUGGAACUUGUUUGUUGAAAAGCUUGGGCACUAUGACAAACUUACGGAGGAAGCAAAAGAAAUCGCAAGAUUAAUUGCCAAAGAGUGUGGUGGUUUGCCACUUGCAAUUGCUACUAUGGCUCGGAGUAUGACUGAUGUGGUUGAUGCCUUUGUAUGGAAUGAUGCUUUAACUGAGCUGAGACAAUCUUCUUGUGAGCAGAGUGACAUGGAAGAAUACGUGUUUUCAGUAUUAAAGUACAGUUAUAAUCGCCUGAAUGACCAAAGGCUGCAGAAUUGCUUCUUAAGUUGCAUACUUUAUCCUGAAGACAAGACAAUAGUUCGCAAGACGCUUAUAGAGGAUUGGAUUAUGGAGGGAUUGUUGGAUGAUGUAGGGAGCAGAUCAGAGCAACUGAAUAAGGGCCAUACAAUCUUGAAUAAACUGAUAAACUCAUGCUUGUUGGAAGCAUGCACUGAUGAAGACAUGUUUAUUGAAGCAUGCACUGAUGAAGACAUGUUUAUUAAAGCAUUCACUGAUAAAGUCAUGUUUUUUGAAGCAUGCACUGAUUAUGGUGGUAAUGAAGGUGUUGAAGCAUGCACUGAUUAUGGUGGUAAUGAAGGUGUUAAGAUGCAUGAUUUGAUGAGAGAUCUGGGUAUUAUGAUCACAAAAGGAUAUCCUUGUUUCAUGACAAAAUUAGGACUUCGACUGCGGGAAGUACCAGAAGAGGAGCAAUGGAGUGAAGGUCUGGUAAAGGUGUCAUUGAGUCAUAACAAAAUCGAGGAGAUUCCAAAUGGUAUGGCACCUUUGACCCCAGAACUUACAGUGCUACUGCUCAAUAAUAAUCCUCUAUGUAGGAUCCCAGAAUCAUUCUUUAUGCACAUGCGAGCCCUCACAAUUCUUAAUUUAUCUUAUACUUCUAUUGUGAGGUUACCAGAGAGUGUUUCUGAUUUGGCAAAUUUAAGGGCGCUCUUACUUGUAAAAUGUCGUGAGUUAACGUAUGUGCCGUCACUAACAAAGCUUUCAAAUUUGAGGGUGCUAGAUCUUGAUAAUGUUUAUAAGCUUGAAAAGGCUCCAGACGGGAUUGAAAAUUUAAAGUGUUUGGAAAAGGUAAGCUAUUGGCCAUGGGAUAUAUCUGACAGCACUGGCUUCAAUAAGCUUAUUCAAUCUUUACCAUCGUCAUUAAGUUGCUACAGAUUUUGGCUUCAUAACCCAAAAUUGUUCAAAACAUGGUUUUGUUACGAUAUUUUUGAUAGGGGAUAUGAGAAUGAAGUGUGGGUAGCAGGGGCAGUAAUAGAAGAUGACGAAACCAGUUAUAUGCUCCCGGCAACAAUUGAAAUGCUGGAGAUAUAUAAAUGUGAUGUGAAUAGAAGAAACCUGGGAGAUGUUUUCCCCACCUUGGGUUUGGCAACAGAUUUAAAUCUAGCUAUAAAUUGGUGUCCAAACAUAAAGGUGAUAUUCCCCCUCUCGGACAAGCAGUUUUCCCUUCCAUAUCUAAAACACCUUUCUGUGGAUAAUUGUGAUGAGUUGGAGGAGAUAUUUGAAUCAAACAAAAAUAAUCAUCAUAACUCUGGUCUUGCUCUUCCAAACUUGGUUAGUGUAAGAUUAGAUUUUCUACAAAAGUUACAAGGAGUUUACAUGACCCCGCAUCUCUGUACUUCACUGGAAGAACUUAGUGUGCGUCACUGUGAAGAGCUGGAAGAGAUAUUCGAGAGUGAUGGCAGAAGUGUCCAACAUCUUCAACUUUACAGGGUGGGACAGAGACUAGUAGUUGAUCCCAUGAAUGCUUGUUAUCCACAACACAACCCCAUCUCUGUUCUCCCCAAAUUGAAGAUUUUAAAUUUGAAAAAUUUGCCGAAGUUGGGAAGCAUCUAUAAGGACCUGCACCUCUGUACUUCGCUGGAAGAACUUUGUGUAUGGGACUGCAAUGAAUUGAAAGAGAUAUUCGAGAGUGGCGGCAGCAAUAGUUCAUCUUGCAAUUCACCACCUAGACCCAACUCUGCUCUCUCCAAAUUGAGAAUAAUAAGUUUGAAAAAUCUACCGAAGUUGGAAAGCAUCUAUAAGGACUUGCACCUCUGUACUUCGCUGGAAGAGCUUACAGUGAUAAAUUGUCCGAAGAUAGAGCGAAUUUUCGAAGCACCCCAACCCAUACUUGCUCUUCCUAAUUUAAGGGUGCUUAUAUUGAAUUCGCUAAGGAAUCUGAGCCGCAUACAUAGAGGGCUACUCCGCUGCCCUUUUCCAGAUGCGUUUUCCAUAGAAGGUUGUUUCAAGCUGAAAAAGGUACCGUUGUCUGACCACCUGAAAUGUGAUGACUCCUAUCUGGAUUAAUACAACGUCAUGUUAAACUUGAAGAACAUAAUCAGAACCAGUUGAAGCUAUGGAGCGACCUUGAAGGCAAAACUCGUGAUUUUACAAAGUAUAUCGAUCAAGUUUUGAUACCAGCCUCUGUUAUUCCUAAUGCAGAUGAAGAUAAAAAUAAUUGGCUUGCUGAUCAACGUCUUCUACCACCGGUUAGUCCUUACUGAAGAUGAACAAAAUCAGAUAAGGGUUUGCGGUGCAUCCCUAUCAUUAUCCUGACAUUUCUAUGGUUGUUUUUUUUGUUUUUUUUCCUUUUAUGUAGUGCACCCCUAUUAUAUAACAGUAUAAAUCAAGUAUAAGGCUAUGUUUGAUUCACCUUAAUUUUGCUGAAGUGAAAUUAUUUUUACUGAACUGAACUUAAU